CUUUUUGGUUUCUUCUACUCUGCCUGAGACUCUCCUCCUCCUCCUCCUCCUCCUCCUCCUCCUCCCUGGCUAGCUACUACCUAGUAGUGGUCUUUCCUUUCAUUUCAUAUUUCAUAUAUAGGCAGCAGCAGCAGCAGCAGCUGGUGUCUGGUAUAUGUUAGUACCUUACCAUAACCAUUGGGAAGUUGAGUAGAGAUGCAAAGUCCCUCUGCAAACUGCAUCCAAUCUUUGCUUUACUUCCUGGCCAUUCUUAGCUGUUUAUGAAGGUCAACCUUAAUUUCAUAUGUUCCUUUUCACUCUCUCUUUCUCUACCAGGUAGACACUUCUUCUUCUCUUGAGACUUGAGUCUUCAGUCUUCAGUCUUGAACCUUGAGGUCUACAAACCAGCAAUUAUAUUUUUUUUUAAUGCUGAUUUAGGAACCCUCCCUUUUGCUGUCUCUCUGAUCCACCUCUUCUUUGUAUAGUAUAGUGUAUCCAAAUUCCAAGUCCCUGUGUUAAAAUGGCGGUUUUAGAUGCUAUUUCGGGUCUCUUUUGUUGAGCAGGAGCAGAGCAUGUGGUUUUUGACACAUUCAUGCUUGUUUCUUUCUUUCUUUCUUUCUUUCUUUCUUUCUUCUUCAUAGCAUUAAUCUUCCACAAGUUUAUUAGACUUGAUUGAAUUUAAAUUUCUCAAUUAUCUCAAGAUCGGUUUGUUUUGAAUUUCGGAGAGAAAGCAAUCGGAUCAGGAAACAUGACGGUGGAUGUGUUGAAAAGAGCAAGAUUGGAAACAGCAAUCUGGGCUGCAAAGCUGUUACUGCUUUGCGUAGGGACAGUCUCCACUUUGGUAUUCUUCAAAGCGGCAAUCAUUCCUUACCUUCUGAAUCUCACUGUUUCCAUUGUUCCCCAGCUAUGGACCUCUUUCAAAAGCUGCUUCUUAUCUCCACUUUACAUCUACAUCAUCCUCAACUUCAUCAUCAUCACCAUUGCUGCCUCCUCCACCUUCCAAAACCAAAAGCAACACCAGCAGCACUCCUCUUCUUCUUCUUCUUCUUCUGUAGGCUUCAGCUCCUUCAUUAGUGACAAUGCAGCCAAAACCGCCGACAAUAUUGACAGUGGUAACAAUUAUAUCUAUAGUCCAGACAACAACAACAACAACAGCAUCCAAUCCGAGUCUCUGUCCCAGCAGCAACAGCAGCAGCCCAAAAUCCAAAGUCUUUCCAAAGAGGAUGCAACUGCUCUAUUAUUUUCUCCAUCCUCUCAUGGCCACCCGAAUAAUGAAAUGAUGAGCUGGCAUGACAUACACAUAGUACAAGCUGAUGAUGGCAAACAAGAAGCAGCAGCAGAAGAUGAUGAUGAUGAUGAUCAGGGAUUUGACCCUUCACCGGAAAUGUCCUCCGGCGACUACUUGUCGAAAUCUGUGGAGAUGCCGAGGCUGGAGGUGGAGGUGGGAGAGGAUAUUAACACACUGGACACCACAUGGAAGGCCAUCAUGGAGGGGCAAGGCAAGGCAAUUGGUAAGCACCUAAAAAAGAGUGACACUUGGGACACCCCUCCUCGCUUAACCGAAUUGGCCCUCACAAGGACUAAAUUCAAAGGGGGUCUUGACCAUCAAUUACAAUUACAUAACUCUAACUUAGAUGGUGAUGAUGAUGAUAAUGAUGAUGAUGGUCAUGGAGAGGAUGAUGCAGUGACAUGGGCUCGGAGGGAGCUGAAGAAAUCAGACACUUUUAGCGACAGGGUGUCGUUGAGAAGGGAAAAGUCCAUGACUCAGGAAGAGUUGAACCAGCGAGCAGAGGCGUUCAUCAAGAAGUUCAACAAUGACAUGAGGCUUCAGAGGCUAGAAUCUGAUCAACGCCGUUUCAGGGAGAUUGUGAACGGUGGCCUCUAGCUUAGCUUCUCUUAAUGUAAUGAUAUAUAUGCUUAUUAAUUUUGGUGUGUUUGUACUUUGUUUAUCUUCAUGUAAAUGCAAAUUUUGUGUGUUGUUGUUGAAUGCUAUAUAACCUAUAGACUAAA